CCGCUAGCAUUUAGCGCGCUCUCCGAGUGUGGCCGGAAGCCGGCGCCUCUGAGGAAAGACUUUAAUCCACGCCCUCUCACACCGCCCUUUCCUGGGCGAUCCCCACUAAGUGCCGGCUUGGCGCUCGCCGGGCACGCUGCGUGCCGAGCACACCCACCAGUCGCGACGCUACGCGGUCCUCCCUGCCUCCCUGCGGGCGGGGCCCUGAGAAGCCUGCCUUUGAGUGGAAGGCGGGAAAAUGGCGGACUCCUCGGAGCGGGGCGCGGGGGUCUCACUUUGUAGCCCUUGCUGCCACAGAACUCCCAAUGGAGACCAGGCUAGCCUCUAGCUCACAGAUCACAGAGAUCUGAAUGAAAAAGGAGGACAUGACUGCCCCAAGGAAUGGUCGACAACAAGGUUUAUUGUACAUGUGAGGGAAAGGACAGCCAGUGACAUCUGGAAGAAUCCAAACUGAACCUGACCAGCAGACUGAGAGGAGAGAGGGGUGUGGAGGGAGAGGAAGAGAGAAGGAGCAAAGAGAGCACCUGGAAACCAACAAACCAAAAAGCCCAUAGUCACUGGUGCCCACAAGACAAAGGGAAGAAGAGUACAAGGAGGAAGAGUGGUUGAGUCCAGAUACCUGGAUUAUGAGAAGAAAACGAAGAAGCAGGUGGUCCCUGGAUCUGGCUAGAGUCUUGAGUGUCUACUGUCAUGGUCACAUUAGCCUGCUGCUUUCUCCUGUGACUGAAUGGCUCUCAGAAGGGCUGAUCCAGGGUGGAGUUCUCUCACAGGUUGAGGAUUCUUGGAGGAUCUCAUCUCAUGUCCUGAGUAAAGCCACUUCCGGUUGAGCAGCCGGUUCCCUGAGUGGGUCAGGUUUCUGUACCAGCUGCUGGGAAGCCACCUGAGGGAAGGAAGACCAGCGCAUUGCCAAGGAGCAAAGAGGACAGCCGGGUGAUGGGAAGAGGAAACCUGCAGUCCACCAUGCUGGAAGGGCAUGGCACAGCUCCACUCGACCUAGACCUUUCAGCCAUCAAUGACAAAAGCAUGUUCAGAGAGCCUCCCCAGCUAGACAGGACAGCGUCAGAGAAAUCCGAGUCGACGUCCUUCACCACCCCUCAGAGAAAGAGAACCCUUCACAAGAAGAGACGGGAUCUGCAGCAGACCAUGGACAUGAUGGAGUCACAGACACUGCUGCUGACCCUGCUGUCUGUGAAGAUGGAAGAGAACCUGACUCUGCUGGAGGAGAAGGCUGAGAAGGAUUUGGCAGCCAUGUGCCGUGAGAAGGAGAGGCUACAGGGGCGGGUUCUGGAGCUGCGGCGCCAGCUGCUGCUCCGGCAGAAACACCAGGAGCUGGCUACUAUCCUGGAUGCCCAGAUGGAGGUGCUGGGCCCUUUCCAGGCUGUAUCAGAGAGCUUCAAGGAGCAAUACAAGACACUGGCCACAGCCUUGGACACCACUCGACAUGAGCUGCCCGUGCAGGCCAUCUACAUGCAGGGAAGUGGACAGGAGCUCCUAGAUGAUCUGCAGCCAGCCCUGAGGACCACCCUGCAGCUCCUGGGCGAGCUGGGCAUCUGCUCCCGGGACUCCACUGCACAGGUGCCGGAGGAUGCCAGUGCACAAGUGCUGUGCCUGCUGGAGGAGCUCAGGGACUUGACCGCCAAGAAGGACCUGGAGCUCCACAGGAUCAUCUGCCAGGUGCUGGAACUUUCCUCCCAGGCCAGUAAAGAAGCAGCAUUGAUAAACCAGGAAGUCUGGGAAGAGGCCCAGGGCACCUCCACCUGCAGCCAGUGGUACUUCAAUCCAGAUGCCCUCAGGGACCACAGUCCCUGCCCUGGACAGGACUAAUCACAGUGCAGGCCUGACCCUUGAAUGGCUCCAGGCAGCCUGUCCUGCCACUUUGUGAGCGUUUCCCCAGCUGCCUGUUCAGCCGCUCAUACUCCCUCCUCGGCUUUUCCUCAUAUACCAAAGGAAGUUCUGGUGAUGCAGUUUUUGAAAACAAUUUGCACUUUCAUUUUCUACACUUUCCAUUUGGGACAUCACCAGCACUUCUGGGUUUUGUUUUGGGAUUUUGAGACAGGGUCUCUCUGCAGAGCCCUAGUUGUCCUGGAACUGAGUGACUACCAGGUCCCCAGCCCCUGUUCUUGCUAUUUAAUCCCAGCACUCAGAGUCCAGGGCCAGCCUGAUCUACAGAGUGAGUUCCAGGUCAGCCAGAGCUACACGGAGAAACCCUGCCUGGAGAAAAAUAAAUUCUGAUGGAUGUGUGUUCA